AUGACGGAUGAUAUUCAUCCAACAAAUCAAUCUGAGCAACGAUACAAUGAACAAGAUACUUAUAAACUAGCUGCUCAAUCUGACAAUUUGACAAUUGAAUAUUUGAUUAAUCCAGAUCCAUUAAUAGCUCAAGUGGAUGUAACAUUUCUUUUAGAAAAUCGAACAUCAUUUAUUAUUGAUCAUAUUAAUAUUCAUGUCAUUCAUAGUAUGAGUUCGAAAUUAUUAAAUACAACAAAUGCAAAUUUAAUAUCAUUUCCAUCUAUAAGUCUUUUUCCUCAUUCACCAAAUUAUAUUCGUAUUUAUUUUUAA